AACAUUAAGAAAUGGAAGCGAGUGGAUGUUCCUGAAUAUUUAAGAUCUAAACAAGAUGAAGAGAAACAAAGUUGCCGGAAAAGUUUUCUUAAUUUGACAGAAGAAAAACUUAUAGCUCUUCCGUAUAACCUUAUGGGUGGGCCAGCUGGCGCAAUAGCACUUUUAAUUAAGGUACUCUAUGACGAAGAACAAAAACAAAUACACUUUACAUAUAAAAGAGAAAUAGAUUCUCUAAGAACUUUGCUCCCAAAAGACCACCCAGCACAAUUAAAGCUCACAAUAAUGGAAGAUCAACUGAAGACUUUGGAAAAAUUAAGUUUUGUACUCUGUACAAACAUUUACCAAAAGUGGAUUCGAUGUUUAGAGAAUGUUCGAAAAGAAGCAAAUUUAGCAUAUAACAUCACAGAAAUCACCAAUGUUCAACAAUUGCAAGAGGAGUUGGUGUCAUUUCGUGUUCCACUUAAGAGAGUAGUUGGACUAAUUAAAUAUAAUUCUUCACAACCACAAAAUAAUCGUCCUAAUUCUAAAUAG